CAUUAUCCUCCCUCCGCCUGGAGACCACAGCAGCCUCAUGACACAGCCCUGAACCAGUGCUACUUCAGCACCUGGGUGGCAGAUUUCAACAUUUACCUGACUGGAUCAAGUGGAAAUUUGUGGUGUAAAACUCGAAGAACUUUAUCUUUUUUUGAGUGUUCACUGGAAACCUUCAUAUAAGCUGUGUGUGGUCAGGUGUUUGAUUCAGCAAGACCCCUUCCUGUUCCUCGUGCAUUGUAAAUGUCUUUGGGCUCUUCUCUGACACUUUUUAUUACUGGAAGAAAGAAGCUGCUGUGAGGAAUUUUACGUGAGACAGAUAUUUCACCUGGACGCUGAGGAGGCAAGCAGGAUGGACUUGACUUACUUUUGGGUCCUCACCACAACUCUGAUGUUGAUCCAUCAGCAUCAAGCCUCUACCGCUUCUGUUACGAGCCCCACGGCGGAGGAGGGCCCCCUGGCACAGCUCACCCACACGGCCCACCGACGGGAGAAACGCUGCUCCUGUGAGAACCAGAAAGACAAGGAGUGUAUUUUUUUCUGUCACAUUGGCAUCGUCUGGGUCAACACCCCGAGCCACGUGGUUCCUUAUGGAUUUGGUUCGGUCCGCCUCAGGAGGGACCUCGGCCGCUGCCUCUGUGCAGACACUCAGGAUGGCGAGUGUUUGAGCUUCUGCUCCGUCUGGACGCAAACCGAAAAAAAAAACGCUGUUGUGAAGAGGAAGGCCGACAAACGUUUGAAGAGAUACAGAGGUGCACUCUGGGAAAAAAGGAGCCGACACGCACUGAAACCCCAGACCUGAGAGUGAGCAGCAGUAACGGAAGAAAGACCACAAAUGGACCCUUUAGUUCGUCUUUCUACCCUGAUGACAGUUUGGACGUGUACAGUGUGUUUGUGAUGUUAAUGUAAUGAUGGUGAAGUAUUAUGGAUAGAAGCGCUGACCACCAAUCGGCUCGUCUUUCCAACAUUUGGCUGAUGACACGCAGGGAGGGAGUUUGAACCUGUGACCUGUUACCAGAUGAUCUCAAUUGAUUUGUAGCACUGAGGGACUGGAAAAAAGCAUUUCACUUGAGGCUGCAAACGAAAAUUAAACACCGCAGCCUCGGGGAGAAAGGCCCUGAAAUUUACAACUUUUUGGUAUUUCAAUGGUAAAUUCUUUACUGUAAAGUGUCACUCAGCUCUGUCGUUGUUGGCUGAAAACCUCACAUCUCCAAAACAAAUCUUGUUUUUAGCAACCACACCUUGUCCAAGACUGGAAAAAUAUAGAUCACACAGAGGAGUGUUCACAUUUAGAGUGUUUGCAUGGACACUUUCAGUCAUUUUCUAUAAUGUUUGAAAGAGGGCUGUCAGAAAGCUUUGUUAGCAUCGUUUAGACGAGUGCUGGAGAGCUGGAAAAUACAAUUAUUUUGAGUAAAAAGUCGUAAUAUGAAAACAAAGUUCUAAUUUUAUAAAAAGGUCUGAAUAAUGCAAUAUGAAAUAAAGAUUAUAACUAAUAUAUUAUAACUUUUUCUAGUAUAAUUAAAUAUCAGGAUAUCAGGGCUUAAUUUUUGGGCCGUAAUCUGAUGAUGAGAUGAGUGUAUUGACUGUACACUCACUGGUACAAUAACAUCCCGCUAAAGUGUACAAUUACUUUAUUCUCAAAAUAUUAACUUUCUUGUAAAUGUACAACUUGGGGGUAGGGACCAGUGUGUAGGAUUAGUGUUGCAUUCACAUGGAUUUAAGCAGACGGUAGACGGCAAACUGGAUGACACGUUAGUGGAUGAGAGCAGGAUGGAAAAGUUAGGUGAGGCCGGCAGAGAAUAACAUAAUAAUAAAAGAAAUUGCUACAACAUAUCGUGCAUGUUUUGUUUUGCCGUCUUACACUCAGUUGGAUGUUUCUUCCACCUGUGUAAGAGAAACUAGCUCUCUAUAUAGAGACAGAUAGUUUAAAUUAUGACUUUACUUUGAAGCAGCUCUCAGCAGAAUACUUAUCUUAAAUAUUCUUUAAUUUAAUAAUAUUUGAGUACAUCUGUAGAUUCAUAUCAAUCCACAAUCCACACCAUGACGGUAAUCCGUCAUCAAAUUUAUACCGGUGGGACUCUACUUGCCUUUUUCUUAAAUAUUCUAUAUUAUUUAGAUAUAACUUUAACGUUUUUCUCUUUAAAAUAUUCUGUGAAUCCCAGAUGUAUUUUGUCGUCUUAUAGAUUUGAUGUUUUGACGAAGAAUAAGCUGUUAUGAACAUCGUUUAUAAGUAUUAUGUGAUAUGAGUGGGUUCUUGCAUGGAAAGGUUGCUCUGAAAUCCUUCCUGCUAGUCACCAUGCACAGACAGACAUUUUUAAAGCACUGCAAAGCAAUCACUGGAAUGGAUCCUGCGAUUCCGGCAGGUUUUAUGUCUCUGCAAGCUUUACGGCGUACUGAAACAACGAGGCUGAGCGUGCAGUAGCCAUAGAAAACAGUGUGGUCACAUUUGAACUGGAGUUCUGAGGUUUUCACCUAACAAGAGUAUUCCUGCAGCUGUCGGUCAGUCGUUCUAUUCUCACAGCUUUAUAAAACCUUUGUCUGAAUGUGAAUAAUAAUAUAUCUAUCUCUAAUAAUAUGUCUCAGUUUAUGAAGAAAAAGUGUCAAAAGAAUGCAACGACGGCUCAAUAAACUCGCCACGAGUUACCAGCGGAGUUGUUAAGUUUUAUCGAUACUUUUACUUAUUCCUCCAACAUGGAACACAAAAAUAUUUAUUUACUGUUCACUGAAGUAUACUCACAGUGGUGUAAUCUUCCUCAUAUGGAAUAUAACCAUUUAAAUACACAGACCUCUCUGCAGUACUGCAUUAAGUACCACCUGCUCAGUAGUAGUCAGCCAUUAGAGGCAGGGAGAGGCCGGGUGGUGACUUGACCUUUGGCAGGAACCGCUGGUCACCUGCGACCAUAUAACCCGUCUGCAGGUUAUACAGCCCCUUUAUACCCAUCAUAAAGCCACAACUCUCUCAGUGCCCUCUCACUUUUUGCUAUAAUAAAAUCUGUAGUUUCUUGAGGCAAAAAGAUUUGAUUCAUCUAAUCACAUAAAGUCUGUCCUUUCAAGUUAAACUCUAUAGAUAUAAAUAAUCAAAUUUAGGAUGGUUAAAUUCCAUUUAGCUGCUUCAGCUGUAGGUAUUGUGCGUUCUGGCUCAGGCCUUACUAGGACAUUUGAAUGGAAUGGAGCCAUUGUUCAUUUUAUUGGUAACUCCUGUGCUUUUCCUUGUAUGACAAGUCAGAAUGUCUGCUGUGAAAGAGGUUCAAUAAAAACAGUAGCAUCUAUAUUAUGCAGAGGUCAGCAAUCUUUACUAUCAAAUGUGCUAUUUUUGGCCAAAAAUAAUUCUGUCUGAGGUGUAAAACACAUGAGCCUUAUAAUAAUAAUUUUGAAUCCAUAGCUAGCCUCGCUAUGAGGACUAAAGACUACAAGCCACCACUAUUGAAGGAAAAGAGGCCAGGUCAGGACGCUCAAGAUACUGAGGUUUUCUGUCCCUGAUAACGCUGUGUAAACUCCAACUCCCAAGAGGCUUACCCUCAAAGCCUGAUGGGAGACGGAAACACUUUUUCCGGAUAAGUUCUGACGUACCAAACAUUUAACUCACAUGACAGAUCUGAUGGAACCUCCCUCACAUUAAUACAUUAAACAAGCAGAAAUGUAAAAAAAACAUUCAGUCUUAUGGAGAAAUGAGCCAACUUCUGACUUGAUUUAUGAGCUCAGUAAACAGAUCAAAUGGUCAAACUAGGCAGUGCUGAUCAGAUAUGGAUCCAGAUUCUGUUACUACAUUGACUAUUUCUCAAUAACCAUUGAUUGAUUAUCUUAAAUGAACUAA